UGUUUUGAUGCUAACUACAGCAAGUUGCAAGACCAUUUCUCUGCUGAGACUCCUUUAUUCUGUUAGUUGGCAGAAUUACUCUCCUAUGAUGGCACAGAAAUCACAAGGAUCUGACAACCUUCAAGAAGGCCAGGAAAAGAGCAAGAGAGAGAUCCUGAAGUGCACCAAGAACGCGUGGGCUCCGCUGGAUGAGUGGCUGCCCCCUGACCCUGAGGAGGAAAGCCAGGGUCUCACCAUCCCCAUGCUGGAAGAUUCCAAGCAAGAAAGUAUUCAGCAGUGGCUGGACUCUGGAUUCUUUGUCUCUGCAAAUGAAAACUUUCAACAAGUCAUUGACCACACUGUUUCUUUGUAUGAACAAGGGAUGGUUCAAAUGACUGUGAAAGACUACAUGAGAUCUUUGCAUCAGUUUUCAGAAACUCCCACCCUAUCCAGAGGGACCAGUUUCAACUCUUCUUAUUCUGCUGCAAUUGUACCACAAAGCAUUCCUGAAUGGCUGGAAUUUUGGGAGAAAGAUCCAGUGGAGAUUCUCUUAGAUCUGGGGUUUGGUGCUGAUGAGCCAGAUAUCUGCACGCAAAUCCCACCCAGAUUCCUUGGCUGUGGCUCAGCAGCCAGAGGGAUCAACAUCCGUGUUUUUCUUGAAGCUCAAAAGCAGCGAAUGGAUAUUGAGAACCCCAACUUGUACGGUCGUUUCCGACAGCUGGAAAUCCUGGACCAUGUGACCAAUGCCUUCUCAUCUCUGCUGAAUGAUGUCAGCAUCCUGCCAAACAGAGCUGAAGAGAAAGCUGGAGGAGAGAGUGUGCAAAGAACCUCAGUGAGUGCCUCCAAACAGCAUCGAAGAAGAAUGGGUAAACUCUUAAGGAGAGCUUCAAAACAGAACAUUGGGAGGGAUUGUAACCCAGAGGCAUCGGAGUCCUUCAAGAUGAAAGAUGAAGUUUUUAUCCCCAUUACAAAACUAUGGGAGUGUGGAGCAGAGCUAGCAGCAACCUCAAUCAACCACAAGCAAAAUCAUUUGUCUCUGUCAGUAGAACAUCAGUCUCUCCAAGCCUGUGAUGAUUUGCUACCUUAUCCUUCUCGUGGUCUUCUGAGCAAGCAGUGGCCUUGCUCAUCUAUGCCGGCCAAGCAGGCUUCUCCUUCCUGUGUGUCUCAGGGGUCAGUCAAUGGCAGAACUCAGAAGGAGAACUUUUUUCAGACUAACAAGCUCAAGAGCUUGUCUCGUCUUGCAGGCAAAGGACCAGACUCGUUUGAAAUGGAAGAGGUCCAAAGCUUUGAAGAAGAGACUGGUAAUCCUCUUGACAUGACUUCAGGAACUGUAGGUGCCAGGGUGGACAGAGCAAAUAGCUGCCAGUCUGACAGCAGCGGGUUCCUGGAGGAGCCGCUGGAACCGCUGCCCCUCCAGAUGCCUUCCUUGCCAAACAGCCAGAGUCCUGCUGAGAAUGGAGGUAGAAAGCCAAGAGAUCAGAGCCACAGCUUAGUAUCAUCCCAGGACUGUCAGCUAGAAUCAGAUGGGCCAGAUUCCAAGAGUAGGGCAAGCAUGUCUUUUUCAAGCCAAGAAGCGAAUGCCUUGGAAGAAAAGGCCUCAGUAUCUGUGAUGGAGGAAGAGUUUCUGCUUGAGGCCAUGCAGGGGCCACUAGAGCUAUAUAUCCCAGACAUGGCCUGUGCCAAGACCACCACGAGGGGAGAACACCCAAGGAAAGACAGCCAUCUGCGUCAGCUUCUGCCAAUGCCCCAUGCUGAAUAUGAGGUCACCAGACCCAUAGCCACUUCCAAAUAUGAUCAUCCUCUGGGGUUUAUGGUAACCCAUGUCACAGAAAUGCAGGACAGUUUUCUGAGGCCUGAGGGAGCUGGCAAAGUGCAAAGCCACUACAUUGAGUCUCAAAGAUCACCUGGAAAUGAUCAUGCUCAAGACAAGUUCCUUCAUGUUGACUCUGAGGCCCCACGAGAAGAGGAAAGCAGUGGAUUCUGUCCUCACACCAACCACAGCUUACUCGUACCAGAAAGCUCAUCACAGUGUGUCCCCAAGCGCAAUGAAAUCACACCUUAUGCAACUGACCUUGCUCAAACAUCUGAAAAGCCCAUUCCCCACCUCCAUAAACUGCCUGGAGAUCCUGCCCAGGUGAAGUCAAGGUCUGGUACUUUGGGUCAGAUACUACCUAGGACGGAAGCUGAGAUGGAAAACCUUCCUCUAAAUACUGGCAGCUCCAGGUCUAUAACGACCCAGAUGUCCUCCAGACUGAUGUCGGCUGCUCAGAGUGCUGUGUCCUUGGGGACUGGUCCCAGAGGAACAUCUUUAGAAUGCACUAUGUGUGAUCCUGUUACCACAACAGAAACAAGACUGGGGACAGAAGCAAAACAGUUAAAUGAUGCUUCCAUUCAGACUUCCAUAUGCGAGCUCAGGCCUUGGCAUUUCUGUUCAGCUCUAAGCAACAAGGCCUUGACACAUAGGCCCCAGCCCCUCACCAAAUCCGUCUCUCUAGACUCAGGCUUCCCUAGUAUCUGCCCAGUGGGCACCUGCCAUGCUAUAGCUGCCCACUGCUGCAUCUGCUGUCAUCACCACCCUCACUGCCAUGGGGAGAGGCAAAGCCCUGGCCCUGAGCCCUCAGUCUGUAGGCACUGCCUGUGCUCACUUACUGGUUACCGGGAAGCCCAGUUCAUGGUGACUUUGAAAGCCCUUCAGGACACUACAGUGAGGGAGCUAUGUUCCUGCACAGUCCAUGAGAUGGAAGCCAUGAAGAUGAUAUGCCAGAGUUUCCGGGAGUAUUUAGAGGAAAUUGAACAGCACCUUAUGGGACAGCAGGCCCUCUUUUCCAGGGACAUGUCAGAGGAGGAAAGGGAGGAGGCCAAGCAACUGCAAACGUUACGUGAGGCCCUGAGGCAGCAGGUGGCAGAGUUGGAAUUUCAGUUAGGAGACCGGGCUCAGCAAAUCAGAGAAGGGAUUUUACUGCAGCUGGAGGUUCUCACAGCAGAGCCACCUGAACACUAUUCAAAUCUGCAUCAAUAUAACUGGAUAGAAGAAAGCAAUGGCCAGACUUCAUGUUCUAAAAUCCACCCAGGCAUGGCCCCAAGGACUGUCUUUCCUCCCAAUGAUGGCCAGCAGGCUCCCUGUUCAGGUGAAUUAUUGUCUGCAGAGCUGGAGCCCUUUUUUUUUCUUCAAAAGCAAAUAAUUCUGCUAAAGAUGAAAAAAUAA